AUGUCACUAACUUGCUAUUACGAAGCAUCAAUCCCCAAAGAGCGUUCGGACUUGCCUACACACACACCCGUCGAUUCUCCUAAGCCAGGCACGAAAGCCAAUCCUAUAGUGAUUGAAGAUGACCUUGCUCCUUUAGGCUCGGCUUCUAACCCGAUAGUGAUCUAUGUUGAUAAGGAGCACUGUGGCCAUGACAAGGCAGAGGAGCUGGAUUCUGAUGUCGACACCGAGAUCAUGGCUACACCAGAAUUCUGGGAAAAUCUGACUGACGAAUGCUUUCCUGUCCCAAAAGACGAAGGUGUAGUCGUUGGUUCGACCUCUGUCCUUACACCGACCAGACUGCUAGGCUGCGAGAACCCAGAACCUCGAUUUUUCGGACAAUCGUCCGAGAACCAUCUUCACUUGGACGAAAAAGCUCUAAAGAUGGCUGAGGGUAAAUUCCACGUACGGGAUUGCCAUAGUUCUAAGAAUGCACCGUGUGAAAAUGGUGCAAAGGGCGAAAGGGGUGAGGUUAUGAAAAAUGGGUUUUAA